UAAAAGACGAUGACAGAGAAACAAUUCUAAACAAUGAUUCUAUUGAUGGCCAACAACCGAAACAGAUAUCACGACCACAAACGCAAACGAAACACGCGUUAGACGCGAUUGACGAAGAACCUCGACAAGCAUCAUCACCACAACCAAUAAUGUCGAAUGAUACAACUAAUGCUAAUACUUCACAUGGAAUAACGUCAAAUAACAUGAGUAGAAAGGAUUAUCAAACGAGACCAAGACAGCUUCAAUUUAGCGAACGGAUCCCAUGGAGCUCACUAAAACAUUAUAGCGACGGUUCUUAUGUCACUUCACCACUCCAAUCAAGUUACAUGACGGCUGAAAGUUUUUUCCCCGCAAGUUUAAGUUCCGAUAAUCAUUAUUUUGCACAUCCUCAACAUUCUUAUCCCCAUCCUCAUCCUGGUAGUAUAGUUCCUUCUUCGGUUGACGAUGGAAGGAGUAUGUUUAGUGUGAUUAUGGAUGAUGGGUCGAAACAACGUCGUAGGGUUUCAUUGAGCUCUGAACAUACUGUGAGAAAUCCUGAAAACGUGCCGCUUCUUAAUGAUGAUGACGUUUACGACUCCGACUCCGACUCAGACGAUGAACGAGGCAUACCACCGUCAAAUCACCACACUAAACUCUCGGAAAAAUCGAAAAAAAUAAUAAAAUGCGCUGUAGCCUACUUCCUCGCAUCAAUGUUUACUUACAUCCCCGCACUAAACUCAUGGAUCGGUCUCACCGAAUCACAAAACGCGCAUCUUGUUGCCUCAGUCUCAGUGUUCUUUAACCCUGCCAAAACGAUCGGUGGGAUUUUCGAGGCGAUUUUUUUUGCGUUUUUUGCUGGGUGUUAUGGUGCGCUGGUCGGGGUUUUUAGCAUGGCAUCGGCCGUUUGGUUUAAUAAACAGGAGAUGUAUAUUUUGGGGCACGCUGUUUCUGUUUUUGUGUGGUGUGGUGGAAGUCUGUUUAUCCUGGCGUUUUUAAAGGCGACAUUGAAGAAACCGGCUUUCAAUAGUGCAUGUUCUGUUACUAGCAUCAUUAUAUUUGUUGUGCUUACCAAAGAAGGAGCAGUUGUGUUGGGCGAAUUCACCACCGAAAAAAUAUUUCAAGUGUGGACUAUUAUUAUAGUUGGGGUCUCUAUAAGUUUUUUAGUUUCGUUAUUACUUUGGCCUAUUAGCGCUAUACAAGCAGCAAUCGCAUCCUAUCGCGCCACAUUCACAUCACUCCAAGUGUCACUCAACGAGGCGAAAUUGGAGAUACACAAUCGCACGAUGCAGCAUGAAUUAGGGUUGUAUCGUGAGGUGGUGAAGAGUUUGCAACGAUUGGCGCAACAUUUGGGCGGGUUGAGAAGUUGUUGUGGAUUGCAAUGGGAAAUGAUUAAAGACAAGGAUAAGAAUAAUCUUAACGGAAAUGAUAAUAAUGGUGGUAAUGAAGGAAUCCCGUUGACUGAAGGUGAAACACAAGGUCGUCCUAGUGGGAAUAUAAGCGAAGAAGAAGAAUACGGAGAUGUCGGGGUCUUGUUAGAAUUCAUACAUCAUGUUGGACCACACAUGAAAUCAUUAGCAUUCACAUGCAAACAAACAAUGACCCAUCUUCAAAACCAAUUGACACCCAACAAAGCUUCCAACCAACCACCUCCAUCAUUCACUCUCCUCCAACAAAACCUUGAAGCAGCGCUCUCGCUAUUCGAAACCUCGCAAACGCGUGCUGUCACACGACUUUACAAAAAAGAAUCCAUAAAUGGUCAUUUUGACGGUCGUCCGAACGAAGAAGUCUUCUUGAUUUAUUUUUUCGUGUUUAAUCUGCAAGAGUUUACGAGGGAACUUCAACGGUUGGUUAUUUUGGUUGGGGAAAUUAGUAAAUCGCAGUUGAAGGAGCAAGAAAUGAGGAAGGAUUUGAAGUGGUGGAUGUUUUGGGGAUGGUUUAAUUUGUUCUUUUGUUUUCCUAAUGCCAAUGAUCAAGCGGUUGCUGAUGAGCAUAAUAGAUCACGAGAUGCAAAGAUUAGCAAAAAUUUUGCAUCAAAACCAAAAUUCCCGGAAAAUUCGCGUAAUCUGUUUAAUACCCUUCAGACACCGAAACCAAAAACAAAAUGGCAAGCAUUCACUAUGAAAUUGUGGGAAUGGUCAUCACGAUUUCGACGAUUUGAGGUCAAAUAUGCAUUCAAGACGGCGCUUAGUGCUGCCAUUUUGGCCGCUCCCGCGUUCAUUGAUUAUACACGACCUACUUAUAGAAAGUAUCGAGGUGAAUGGGCUUGUAUUUCUAUGAUGGUAGUAAUGGUUCCAACGGUAGGUGGCACAAAUCUCAUAAGUUACUACCGCGUCAUCGGCACAUUCCUCGGUUCCAGUCUCGCGAUAAUAGCAUCCAUCCUAUUCCCCGACAAUGGCCCAAUGCUCGCGAUUUUCGGGUUCUUGGUUGCGUUGCCGUGUUUCUAUAUCUUGAUGUACACAAAGUAUAACAGGAUGGGACAGUUCAUUCUGCUGGCAUAUAAUCUGGUAGCACUGUAUAAAUUUAAUAUGAGGAAUGGUAAUGGUGAGGAUGAGGCGAAUUUGGAUUUGCUUGAGCUGGCAUGGUAUCGAAGUAUUGCGGUGGCGACUGGUGUGUUGUGGGGUUGGUUCGUUUCAAGUUUUUGGUGGCCGUAUGAAGCGAGAACAGAAUUGAGAAAAGGAUUAAGCGUUUUGAUUAUUAAUAUGAGUUGGUUGUAUAAGGAACUUGUUAGUCUUUAUUCCGGUAAAACAAAUAAAAAUAAUUCAUAUUCAAAUAUAAACGGCGGCGAAUCACAAGCAACGGCAGACUCUACUCAACGCACCGUCGCCACCCUACACCAAGAUCACCUCUCAGAAUCUACAAAAGACUUUCUAGACCUCGAACUAUUCCUUCAAGUUUCAAUUCUCGAGCUCCAGGAGUUACUCGCACAAACACCCAAUGAACCCCGUUUAAAAGGUCCUUUCCCCGUGCGAACAUACAGCAAAAUUCUCACUAGUUGCCAAAACAUUCUCGACAAAAUGCUAUCCAUGCGUAUCGCGGUCACAAAAGAACAAUUUUACGACGCGAUCCGACGUGAUUUUAUAAUCCCGAUAAAUCGCGAACGACGCGAACUUGUUGGUAACGUAUUGCUUUAUUUUUAUGUGUUAGCCGCGGCGUUGCGUCUUAAAACACCGUUGCCGCCAUACUUGCCACCAGCUGAUCAGGCUCGACGACGAAUGGUUAAAAAGAUUAGGGAUUUGCCGGUGGUAAGGCAGCGUGUUGUCGAGGGAAACGAUGAGCAUUAUAUUGUGUAUUAUGCGUAUGCGUUGGUGAUGGAGGAUAUUAUUCGGGAGUUGGAGAAUCUUGGCGGUAUUAUGCAAGAGUUGUUUGGUACUAUGGGUGGGGAGGAGUUUGAUGAAUUUUUUACGAUACCUGAGGAAAAUGUGGCAUUAGAAUCAGCUUUGAUCGAUGCUACAGAACAACAGCAGCAGCAAUUGUAUGAUGAAACUCAUCAAGAGUCAUCGUAA